UGCAUCCCCAUCCCCCACACGGUGGCCGUCUCUUCGGGUGAAAGCUGUCUUCCCUGCGCCACUGGUCCGACAAAACGCUGCUGUAGCAGAGCCAGUCAGUCCGCACCGACCUGAGGCAGAGCACACAACACGGGAGAGAGCACGUACGCACACGGGGAAUCAUUUUUUUGUUCGACCGAGUGGCUUUGAUUUGCAUAUCCACUUCCACUCCUUCCUCAUUUGCAUACAGCAAGAAUGGCGAGCGGGCAUCCCACAGACAAAUUCAGUUUCAUGUAUCAACCAGACACGCACAAGAGCAAGAACAGGUUAUCUUCAGCUAUGAAUCCAGUCUACAGCCCCGUUCAGCCUGGCACCCCAUAUGGAAACCCUAAGAACAUGGCCUUCACAGGGUAUCCAGGAGGGUAUCCUGCCACGGCUCCCACCUAUACACCCAACCUCUAUCAAACAGGCAGUCCUGGGUAUCCACCAGGAUAUACUUCAGCAGGCACCCCGUACAAAGUGCCCCCCACUCAGUCAAAUGGAGCGCCCCCUCCCUACACCCCGACCCCCACUCCAUACCCGACAGCCAUGUACCCCAUCCGCAGUGCCUACCCUCAGCAGAACAUAUACGCACAGGGAGCGUACUAUACCCAGCCAGUGUAUGCGGCUCAGCCACAUGUGAUCCAUCACACCACCGUGGUGCAGCCUAACAGCAUCCCCUCCACAGCCCUCUACCCUGCCCCCGUCCCUGUACCUGCCCCUCGCAACAACGGCAUGGCUGCCAUGGGGAUGGUAGCUGGGACAACCAUGGCCAUGAGUGCAGGGACCCUGCUGACAACGCCCCAGCACCCCCAGAUUGGAGGACACCCAGUUACUGUGCCAACCUACAGGCCCCAAGGGACACCUGGGUACAGCUACGUACCGCCUCACUGGUAGAGCCCACCCAUGAUAUCUGGAGUUCACCAUCGUAUGCAACUGCUCAAAUCUUACACGGGCUCCCACUGGUAACCAUGGGAACCCGGCACCUGUCUGCAAGAACAAAACUAAAGUGCAACAGCCACUUUACUAUUAUUGUUAUUGUUAGUAUGCGACAUUCUCUAACGUUUUUACAAAAGCUGCUUUUUUUUUUUUUUUUUUUUUUUUCUCUCUGUUCAUUUGCCAACCAGUCAUUACCUUAUUUUGUAUGGCUCUUUGAUUUUUAUUAUUUGAUUUCCUCAUUUUUCUCUUGAAGUGUCUGUCAUUGGAACUCCAGAAGGACUCUUGACCAAUCACGGGUGUCAGUUGCUCCUGUUUCUAUGUUGUGCUGGUGUAUGUGUGGUCCUUCCUGCUGCUGCUCAGUUGGCUGGAAAAUAUCGGGCACUUAUUCCUCAUCAUCAUCAUCAUUAUCAUCAUCUCCGUCAGUCACUACAAAGACUUAUUGACUUAUGCUGCCAAAUUUCUUACAACUAGAUAUCAGCACAGGGUUUUAACAUAAUUAGCGUUUUAAUUUUUGCAGGUUAUUUAAUUUUUUUUUAUUUUUUUUUUGAUAUUCUUUCUUUAAACCACACUCAACUGAAUUCCCUUUUCUCUGUAGACUUUUUCUUUCUUACCUUUGUUCUUCCUUCCUCUUUAUCCCUUUUUUUAUCCGCUUUGUUUCAUUUUCAGUUGAAUCUUAGUCGUCUUCCAGCCACGUAGCUAUCUGUCCGGCAGUAGUCAGUUCAUCAUUCCUGUUGUUAUGUCUCCGUGUGGGUGCUUUGUUGCGAUGAGCAGAGCACUUACUGACCAUUACCUAUCGUGCUGCGUGUCCCACUGUGUCCGCAUUCGCAUAACACACACUAUGAAAACGUUGCCUACUUUAUGCUACAUACUAUGCAGGCUAGUAUGUUGUGACACUAUCGGAAUCUUAAACUUAGCGUAGGUCAAUGCAUUUUAAAAAAUGUAAGGAUAUUUAUAAUUAUCAGCAUGGGCAGUCGUGCACACUCUCUCUAUCUCUAACACACACACACACACAUAUAUAGGGGCUCCUGUAUGUGUUGGAAAACAUGAUCACUUAGUGGCACUUACUGUAAAAUACUCCCAGUUCAAACACACAAACACACACACACACACACACACACACACACACACACACACACACACACACACACUACA